GGCUCUUGGCCCCGGCCUGGUCCCCCUCCGCACCGCGCCCUCCCGCCCACCCCUGAGCAGCGAUCAGUCUCCUGCGACCUCCUCGCAGAGCCUCAUACUCGUUCCCGGGGCCUCGGCUGCCUCCUCACCACCUUCCAUCCUUCUUUCCUCCCGCGCCUGGAGAGGGAGAGAACCCUCACAUUCCUGAGAUGCCCUCAUUGGGGCUCACCCCUCUCUGCUCUCCUGUACCCCGGUUGCAAGGCCUUUCCCGGUCUCUCUGGCAGAGGUGUCCAGUCCGGGCUCCUUUGCUCAGGUCUGCUCCGAGGAAACAAUCCAAAAGCAACCAUGGCUGCGAAGGAGAAACUGGAGGCAGUGCUGAACGUGGCCUUGAGGGUGCCAAGCAUCAUGCUGCUGGAUGUCCUUUACCGCUGGGACGUCAGCUCCUUUUUCCAGCAGAUCCAAAGAAGCAGCCUCAACAACAACCCUCUUUUCCAGUACAAAUACUUGGCUCUUAAUAUGCAUUACGUAGGUUAUAUCUUAAGUGUCGUGCUCCUCACUCUGCCCAGGCAGCAUCUGGUGCAGCUCUAUUUGUAUUUUGUGACUGCCCUGCUCCUCUAUGCUGGACAUCAGAUAUCCAGGGACUACGUAAGGAGUGAACUGGAGUCUGCCUAUGAAGGACCAAUGUAUUUAGAACCUCUCUCCAUGAACCGCUUUACCACAGCCUUAAUAGGUCAGUUAGUGGUGUGCACCUUGUGCUCCUGCGUUAUGAAGACGAAGCAGAUCUGGCUCUUCUCGGCACACAUGCUUCCUCUGCUGGCUCGCCUCUGCCUCGUUCCUCUGGAGACCAUCGUCAUCAUCAACAAAUUUGCUAUGAUUUUUACAGGAUUGGAAGUCCUGUACUUCCUAGGGUCUAAUCUCCUAGUACCGUAUAACCUCGCUAAGUCUGCAUACCGGGAGUUAGUUCAGGUAGUGGAGGUGUACGGCCUUCUGGCCUUGGGAAUGUCCCUGUGGAACCAGCUGGUGGUGCCCGUGCUCUUCAUGGUCUUCUGGCUUGUUUUAUUUGCUCUUCAGAUCUACUCCUACUUCAGCACCAGAGAUCAGCCUGCAUCCCGGGAGAGGCUUCUCUUCCUUUUCCUGACAAGGUAAUCCACCCUUGGAAGUCUGGGAACUUGGGUCUGGGAAGUCAGGUAGGCAGGCUGCUUUUAGCAGUAUCAUACCACUGUGUUUAAUCAAGAUGGGACUUUUAGCUGUGUGGGGCCUAUGGAGUGAAGGGAUAUGUGGACUGAAAUAGUGUGUGUUCAGCUGCCAUGGGGACCAGGGUACAGAAAGCGAUUUGUGGGUAUGUUACUUAAAUGAUAGUCCUGUUCAGUUUUUAAUACAUGCCACCUCUAAACACUUUUACUCCCUUCUAGUCUUUCUAGCACUCUUGAGGGACAGGGACCUUUAUUGCCAUUUUCUGUCUACCGUGAGGAGAGUGCAGGAGAACAUCUCCCUGGUGACACUGUGACAACAGGCACAGUUGCCACUCAAGCCAGGUCUCGUGCCUGUUCUGUGCACUUGGACCAUAUCCUCAUAUUCUUCAUGUUUUGCUUAGUGUUGAGAUAAUAAAAUAAUUGGCUAGAUGGGUGUAAGCACUUCCCUGGUUAGCCUCUGUCAGUGACCAUCCAGGGUAGACUGAGUCAGGCAUUGAUGGUGGCGACAGCGGUUGUAGGGGCAGCAGUUGCUUACUAUUUGGCAGUCUUUCUCUUCCUUUAACUCUUUGCUGUUCUAAGGCCAAAAACCAUGAGGUUCUGGUAGUUUGACUCCUGCUGUUGGCAGCAGUGGAUUAAGAAAAGAAGUUAGUUACUAGGGCUCUUUUCUCUCUGGCUCAAGGGCCCCUGGCUGGCCAGAUGAGAAGCUUAGAAUUUUUUUAACUCUUCCUGAACCAGAGAGAAAAGAAGAAAGAGCAAAGACUGUAUGGAGUUGGGAAAGCUGCGCCAUUGUUUCACUGUGGUUCUUAGCUUUUAUACCUUCUCAGGAUAAGUGAUCACAUGGUUUUCUAAGCAUUUUUUACAUUCCAUGAGUUCAUAGUUUAAGCCAAUAAUUCAUGUCAUAAAUCAGUAAGACUUAAGGAAUAUCAGAAUUGUUUACAUGCCUUUCCAUUAAGACCAGUGUCUCACUAAACAUGCAUUAUCUAUCUUCUAGACCCAUAAGUUCAUUAUAAGUUUAAAGCAAUAAUUUUUAUGCACAAGUUAGCACAGUUUUGUCAAGAAACAAAUCAUUUGUUUUGUGUCUUACUAUUUUGAAGUUUUGUAUAGACAAACUAGUCAGUAUUUUAUUUUCUAUCCUUGCAUCUGCAAUAAAUUGUUCAUUCCCAGCUUAUGACCUUUAGUUACAGAUAAUGGUCUCACACCUAACCUAGAAGGAAUGAAUGUUUUGCUUGACUGUGAAUUUGUUCCCAGCCUGCCUUCUUCUCCAAGUACAAUUAGCUCUUGACACGUGAAGCUUCACAGAGCUCUAGGUGCAGCUUUUAUUCUAUAGUGGGCUUAGAAUUACUUGAUCAACUUAGAAAUUCUUUAAAAUCAAUACCAGGAAUUAUGAAAUCAUCAAUUCAUCUAUACAGCAUUAGUAUAUGAACUCACAUCUUUAUACUGAUUCUGCAGGGAAUCUGCCCAAUAGGGUGGGUUAGUGCCCAGAUCAUUAGGCUAUGCAGUAGUGAUGGGAAAGGCACAUCAGCAGUGAGAAGGAAUCCUGGGGUGAAGUCCCUGAGGACCCUACCCAUCACAGCCAUGCAAAACAGUGGGCCAUCCCCAGAAAGUGCACUUGCUUGCCUUAGCCUGUCCUAGAUAGUUUAUGACAAGCCCCAAAUGAGUCAAACCUGGGUUUUCAGGAUUUAAGGUUGUUUGCGUAUGUGGGAGUAUAUGCACACAUGUAUUGGUAUUGGCGUGCACACAUGUAUUGACAUGCACAUGCAGAGGAGAGUACCAGAUGUCCUGCCGCAUCAGUCUCUGCCUUAUUACCUAGAGACAGGUGUCUUGCUGAACCUGGAACUGGCUGGGCUUCGUAGCUAGCAAGACCUAGUGGUCAUCUUCCUGUCUCUGUUUCCCCUCUCCUCUCAGUGCUGGGAUUACUGGUGCACACAGCCACAUCCUGGAUUUUAGGCGGGUGCUGGGAUCUGAACUCGGGUCCUCAUGUGUGUGCAGUACUCACUGAGCUAUCUCUUUGACCCUAGGUUAGGGUUUUUGUUUUGUUUCAUUUUAAUUCUGGUGUAUCAUUUGAGUUCUUUCCUGCUGUGGUGUCUAUUGUGAGCUUAGAUAGGGUCGACAUUUGUCAUUUCCACUGAGAUUGACUUUGAAAUGCUCAGCUCUCUGUAUAAAUGUUCAUUCCUGGUUUUCUGUCUUAUUUAUUCAUUUAUUGAUUGAUUUUAUGUGUGUGUGUAUGUGUGUUGUGUUCAUAUGAAUACUUGAAUGUACCUUGUAAAAAUUAGGUAUUUUAAUUAUUAGUAGCUUUUGUAAACAAGUAAUUAUCAACAAAACCAGAUGCAUUUUAAUGACCAGUUGAAUAUUAAAUAAGCCUAAUGUUUAUUUUUUUUUACCAAAGUUUGAUUUUUAAUUUUUAAAAUUUCAGCAAUGUUUUAAGGAUCGUGAACUCUAUUACUGGGUGUGCUCUCAAAGUAGCCGUUUAAAGUUAGAUUCUUGUAACUAUACCCAAAUUAGAUAAAAAUUUGUGGCCCCCAUAGUGUGGCUGGUACUGCUGUAUUUGUGGGGUGAGUGGGUAAUAAGGAGGCUCUUGCUUGAUAAUGAUUGGUCAGGUAGGGAACUCUGAGAAGCCCCUACCUGAGAAGUGCAGUCUGCGCCAUUGGAGCAGCCAGCAGUUGCCAUAGCAACGUGCGCAUAGCAGGUUACUUUGGAAUGUUUGCCAUCCUGUGAAAUUGCAUGGUUCUGGAGGUGUGGGCAAGGCGCUCUUUGAAAUUUACUGCACUUGAAGGUGAUAGAUAAUAAAAAGUAAAGACCUUGCUGAGAUGUGUUGCUGCAGCCUGAAUUUUUGCUGAAGAGGCAGAAGGCUUCUAGUGCAGAAUGGCAGGAGGUAAAAUGGCUUAAAUUAUUUGUGGUAGCCGGGCAUGAUGGUACUGUCUUAAUCCCAGCACUCUGUAGGCAGAGGCAGGUGAAUCCCUGUGAGUUCCAAGCACCCAGGGCUACAUAGUGAGAUCCUGUCUGAACAAAUGUAACUAAUGGGGUGGGGGUGGGGUGGGGUAAGCAGCCAGGGCUACUUAAGUGAGAUCCUGCUCAAAUAAAUAAAUAAAUAAUCAAUUAAUCAAAGC